AUGCUCUUCGAAGUAAUAGGUUCCAACCUUUUUGGAAAAAGUGUGAAAGAGUGGGAAUCUGCUACCAGACAGUAUAAGAGAAUUCCUAAGAAAGAAAUCCUAGAGAUACUUAAAGUAAGCUAUGAAGCUUUGGAGGAAGAAGAGAAGGUUGUUUUUCUUGACAUUGCUUGUUGCUUCAAAGGAUAUGCAUUGAGAGAGGUAGAAGAUAUUCUUGGAGCUCUCUAUGAUGAAUGCAUGAAACAUCAUAUUGGUGUGUUGGUUGAAAAAUCUCUCAUAAAGGUUAGUCUGCUUAGUACAGUCGAAAUGCACGACCUGAUUGAGAACAUGGGUAGAAAAAUUGACCAGAAAGAAUCAGCAAAAGAGCCAGGGAAUCGCAGAAGAUUAUGGUUGCCUAAAGAUAUAAUCCAAGUUUUAAAAUACAAAAUGGGAACAGGUAAAAUUGAAAUCAUAUGUCUGGAUUUCUCCAUUUCUGAGAAUGAAGAAACAAUAGAAUGUGAUGAAAACACCUUCAUGGAGAUGGAAAACCUUAAAAUACUUAUAAAUAGAAAUGUUAAAUUUUCCAAAGUUCCCAAUUAUUUUCCAGAAAGUUUGAAAGUACUGGAAUGGCAUCGAUAUCCUUCAAAUUGUUUACCAUCUAAUUUUCAUGCCAACAAACUUGUCAUAUGCAAAUUACCUGACAGUUGCUUUGCGUCUUUUGGGUUCCAUGCCUCAUCGAAGAAGUUCGAGAAUCUAACCAGCUUGAAUUUUGACGACUGCAAACUUUUAACACAGAUACCAGACGUUUCCGAUCUCCAAAAUUUGGAGAAACUUUCUUUUGAAUGGUGUGAGAGUUUAACUGUAGUUCACAACUCAGUAGGUUUUAUGACUAAACUUAAAAUAUUGAGUGCAGAAGGUUGCUCCAGCCUUACGAGUUUUCCACCUCUUCACUUGACCUCUCUUGAAAGACUGGAACUUUCAUAUUGUUCCAGUCUUGAGAAUUUUCCAGAAAUAUUAGGAAAUAUGGGAAACAUAAAGAGACUUGAACUGGUUAAACUUGCCAUAAAAGAGUUGCCAAUUUCAUUUCAAAAUCUCACGGGACUCAAAAAUUUACUAGUGAGAUGUGAUUUCGUUCGGUUAAGUAGCAUUUUCAUGACGCCUGAACUGUCUGAUUUUAAAGUUUAUAAUUGCAAGGGGUGGGAAUGGGCAAAAUCAGAAGAGGGUGAUGGACAAGUGGGCUCAAUCGUAUCUUCAAAACUAGAUGACUUUAUUGCUCUCUCUUGCAACCUUAAUGAUGAUUUUCUUUCAGCAGGUUUCUUGCAGUUGGCUCAAACUUCUUCGGGAAAUCAGAGGGAUUCCACUAAACUUAAAGCAUUUCAAGGCAAAAAACUGAAUAUCAUUGACUUCCUCGGGAUCAAGCGUGUUGUUAAACCAGGUUUUAAACUUCACGAGGCUGGAGGGACAGUGUUUAUCUUUCCAGGGGGAAGUGUUCCAGAGUGGUUGGGAAAACAAAGCAAGGGACCUUCAAUGUCUUUCUGGUUUCGAAAUAAAUUCCCUGCCAAAGUUCUUUGUCUUCUUAUUGCACCUGUGUUGGGCCCUUUCGACUUGGCUAUACCCAUGGUGUACAUCGAUGGCAAAAUUAGAAAGUCUCUUUUUCAUAUGAAUAAAGAAGUGAAGAUUUUGGAAUUGGAUUAUAUGUUGGGAAUCCAAGUGUGA